UAAUGAGUGCGGCGAGGAAGCAGAAAAAAGGCAUGGGUUCACGGUCUGCAAGUUUGAAGGAACACGAGGAAACCAAGGAGAUAGGAAUAAACGCGUUGAACGACGACUGCUUAAUGCACAUCAUGCCGUAUCUGCCCAUCGUAGACAGAUAAACGUUGGCAGGCGGUAAGUCGUGACGCGUGGUGUGGCUUCAAAAACCUUAAUUUCAGCAACGAAUGUUGGGGAUUCAGUACAGCCAAAACUUUGACUAAAGUGGAUGACGUGAUUAUCCAAAAGAUUUUGAAACGCUGUGGAAAAUUCUUGAACCUGAUAUGGUUUAGUUCGGAUUCCAACAUAAAACUGGAUCCCAUCUUACUGAAGAACGUGGCGAAAUUGUGCCCCAACGUUCAGCAUCUCGACGUCUGGCGCAUCUAUAUUUCGCCCAAGAGCUGGAAAGCCUUAUGCAAAAACUGUAAUAAACUCAUUUCUUUUGCUGCGAACGGCUGCACAGACGACGAACUUUCAUUGCUUUUUGAUAACAAUAAAAAACUCGAGAGACUGUCCGUUAAUAACUCCGAGAGAACUGCCAUUCUAUUGAGAGCAUCAUGUUGGUAAACUGUCGAAAAUUAACGCUGGACAACUUUCAUGUGAUAAGAGGUUUUCGCAACCUGAAGCAACUGACUCUGGAAGAAUUUUAUUUUGAAAACGGUUUCACGGAAGACAUCAGCUCAUGCUACAAAAGCUUAAAAUAUCUAACUCUGGCAUAUGGCUACACUGAAUCCCUGCAUCAGAUAGCUAAGCUAAUAAAUCUUAGAACGCUAGAUCUGUCAAACGAACCAGUCGACGAAGAGCUACUCGUAUCAAUUGGCGCCAACUGCAAGCUUCUCAAGGUGGACAUCUCUGAUUGCUCACGGGUGACAAACACUGGCCUCGCAAGCAUCGUCUCUCUUCCGGACCUCGAGUCUCUGUGCAUCCAGCACCUGAUCAACAUCGACGACCAGGUGUUCUGUGCAAUGUCUACUCUGCGACAGCUGGACUGCAACUACUGUACGAAUAUGCGAGACGCCGGGCUUAUAAAGCUUAUUGAAAGGUCCGAAAACCUGGAACAUCUCUUUCUGGAGAAUUGCGAUUAUAUAUCGAAGGAGUUGCUAGAGGCGGCUGUAAAAGCGACGAAGAAGCGAAAGAAUCAGGUCAUGCUCAAGUUGCAUCUGCGCGAUAAGAAUAUUCGACGGCUGAAGGCUAGCGUCAUCUCGCCCUUUUUGCCUAUCUUUGAGACAAUCAUCGACCAGUCGGAAGGCUUUUAUUAUUCUGGACUUCAAUCUUUUGUGGGAUCUUACCCGUUCAUUGAGGUACAAAAAUUCACCAGCCCUUAAGUUUCUAAUUAAC